UGACAAAUGACACAGUACAGUAUGUUAAGAAGGUAUAUAAACUUUAGUCAAUUGUCAUUUCUCAGUUGCUACUUGUUUGGCUACUUGCUUGUUGUAUUAAAUUUUAAAUAAUCUUCCCUUGUUUAUAAGUCAGAAAUUUUAAUUUGUAACCUUGUUUUUUUCAUUAUUCGACUUCAAACUUGUUCAAGUGCUUUAUUACCUCUACUAAAUCUUUGAGUGCACCCCUGGCAUCAUCUCCUUAAGUAUCUUGGUCAGCGUUGAGCAUUAGACAAAAUUUGACAAGGUUUUGAAUUUUAAUUUUGAUCAUUGUUUAGCUUGCACAUUGUGAGUAUAAUUAAAAUUUCUUAAUAAUACUUUGGAGAUUAGGAAUGAGAACAGAAAAAUAUAUUGCCUACAUAACUUAGCUACUUGUUGCUAAGUUUGAAACACCAAUCAUUCGCGUUUAACUUAUAAGAUGAGCAGCAAUGCAGAAUAUGUGCAAAUAAAAGACUUGAAGCCCAAUAUGAAGAAUAUAAAUGCAAUUUUUAUUGUGCUGGAAGUGGGCCCGCCGACAUUGACGAAGGAGGCGCGCGAGGUGCGCACAUUGCGCGUGGCGGAUGCGAGUGCAUCAGUAAAUCUGUCCGUCUGGGACGAGCCGGGUGCGCUUUUGCAGCCCGGUGACAUCGUGCGCCUCACGCGCGGCUAUGCCUCGCUGUGGCGGCAGGCUUUGACUCUCUACUCAGGAAAGUCAGGUGAUAUCCAAAAAGUUGGAGAGUUCUGCAUGUUGUUCAAUGAACAGGUGAAUAUGAGUGAGCCACAACCAGCUCCGACACCACCAGCUGCUGCUCCUGCUGUAGCAGCCCCUACAGCUUCUGUGCAACCUGCUUCUGACCGUUAUAACCAAGCAUCGGAGCACAGUGGUCCUGGGAAGCACCCACACCGAACCUAUGUACGUGGUCGGGGACACCAACGCGGAAACAACCGCAGGUAGCCCUCGCCUUAGCACAUUAAAAUGGUUCUUCAUAGUACUUCAUUAAAUUUAUCUGUAAUAAUGUGUUUAUACAAUAAGUUUUAAUUUAAUGUACAUUAAAAGUAUUGCGUGUUUGCCAAGUGCUUGCAUGGUAUAGUUUUUGUUUUGUAAAUCAAUUUAAACUUUCAAGUUUUAUGUUAUUAUGUAACGCUCAUCAUGACAUCCUAAUAGGGUAAAUGAGUGGUGUCAUGGUGGCGAUGACUAUUGUUACUGUAUACAUUUUUACAUGUUAUUGUAAUUCAAUUAUGUUAUCAGUUUCAUUAUAAAGCUGGCAGAUUUUGUAGCUUUAAGCAAUGUUGGUCUUGAGUGCUCUCAUCCUGGUCAUGCAGUCUAUUCUGCAAAUCUUUAUACAGCAAAAUAUUUAUACAAAAUAAAAUUUCUUCAAAUGGUGAAGGUAAUAAUUGUAGGGUGAGUCUUAAAAUCUAUGACAUAAUACCUUCUGCCACCACUACCUACUUUAUUAUAAGAGAAGUAUUGUGAAGCUUAUUAUUAUUAGAUAUUGGAGCACUGGAGUAUCUGGAAUGGCACUUACUGCUAUUCUAGUAAUUUAUUAAUAUUAAGUUAAAUGUAUGUAUGCUAAAUUGUUAAUUGGUAAUACAAUAAAUCAUUAUUUGAAAAGUGUAAUAAAAUGUGAUGUCUAUUACAAUUCAUUUGCAUUUUUAAAUAAGAUUCAGUCUAUAGUACUCUUAAUAGUUAAAAAUGUUACUUUCACGUUUUGUACCUAGUCCAGCCCAUAGGUUUUUUCCGUCUAGUCCGUCUAGUUUUAACUUUAUGCCAUUUUCAAGCAAACGGUUGGGAAACUACACGCUAGAAGAAAUAAGCAAAGACAUCAAAAGGAAUAAGUUCUGUUACUAUUUUCAACUUUUUAAUUACAGUCGAAAUCGAUUAUAACGACAUCGUUUACAACGACCGAUCGGUUAUUACAGCCAGAUUGUAAGGUCCUGCCCGAAUCUCUAGUAAACUAUUCAGCAAACAUACCGCCUAUAACAACAUCGGAUACAGCGACAUAUCGCUUACAACGACGAAACUUUAUCGAUAUUCAUCGACUAUAACGACCAACCGCUUCUUGUCCCGGCAAAACAAAACAAAACGGACGAUUUUAAAUCUUAUUGAUAAGCAUUGAAGGAAUAUUUAGGCGUAUUAUUACCUACGCACUUUCUCCCACCUCGUCCGAACCUCUUCCCGGCCAUUUGACCUUGCAUAUUUUACAAUUACAAUUGUUUAGUGCGCGAAAUGACUGCGUGAGUAACAGCUUGAUUUAUAAGUGCUGGUUUUGAUUAGACCGUGCAUUUAUGCGUUAUCAUGUCGCAAAAAAAGAGGAAAGUGUUUUCUAUUGAAGAAAAAUCUCAUGUCAUAUGGAGAUUAGAAAAUGGCGAGUCAAAUAGUGAAAUUGCAACGGAAUGUGGAGUUUCGAUAUCAACGAUUUGGAAGAAUAGAGAUAAAAUAAAAGUUCUUUUCGAAAACAACUCCUUAAUACUUAAACGAGCAAGGACAAGUAAACAUAAAGCUAUAGAAGAUGCUUUAUUAACAUGGUUUAAACAUCAGAGGGCAAACAACGUCACAAUAAGUGGUCUGAUUCUGCAACAAAAAGCCAAUGACUUUGCUCGUCUUAUGGCUAAGGAAAAUUUUAAGUGUUCGUCGUCUUGGGUACAACGUUUUCGUGCUCGUCAUAAUAUUGUGGCAGGAAAAGUUUGCGGUGAAGCGGCUGGCGUUUCUAAAGGAGUGUCUGAAGAGUGGCUCUCUCAUAAGUGGCCUGCACUAUGCGAAGGAUACACACCAGAGGAAAUCUUUAAUGCUGAUGAAACAGGAUUGUUUUACAAUUUAACCCCUGACAAAACACUUAAAUUCAAAGGCGAGGAAUGCAAGGGCGGAAAGUUGUCCAAAACAAAAUUACAGUAUUGGUUGCGGCAAACAUGACUGGUUCAUGUAAAAGAAAACUUUUGGUGAUAGGAAAAGCUAAAAAACCGCGUUGCUUUAAGAACAUUCUUCAAUCUUUGCCUGUAACUUAUGAAAACAACACUAGGUCCUGGAUGACAUCGCAAAUUUUUGAAAAAUGGCUGCGUAUCUGGGAUGCAGAAUUGAAGUCUGGAGGAAACAAAAUACUUCUCCUAGUAGACAACUGUCCCGCUCAUUCUGUAGUCUCCAAUCUGAAAUGCAUAAGGCUUGUGUUUUUACCGCCCAAUGUCACCUCUGUUUUACAGCCCAUGGACCAAGGAGUGAUAAAAGCUUUAAAAACACAAUACAGAAAACUUCAAGUGCUACAAAUGAUACAGAAUAUUGAAAACAGCAAAGAUACUAAAAGUCUUAGUGUUCUGGAUGCAAUUCUAAUGAUAUCGGGAGCUUGGGAAAAGGUCACACAGACCACUAUAGCCAACUGCUUUCGCCAUGCAGGUUUCAAAGAUCUCUCUCCAUCACAAGCGGAGAACGACGAUGAUAUUCCGCUAGCAAGAAUGAUACAAUCUACAGAUGAAGAUGACAACGUAGCACUUGCUGAAUUGGUUGCUCAGUUGCAAAGAUCUACUGCUACAGAACAAAGAAUUGAGAUAGAGGAAUUUAUUGGAAUAGAUGACAGUGUCGCUGUGUGCGCCUUAGCUACUGAGGAAGAAAUUCUUGCAGAAGCUGAAAGUAACAAUCAUAACACUGACGACGAAAACGAAGACCAGCAAGACCCAGAAGAACAGUUUCAGCCAUCAACAAUUUUCGAGGCUCUUAACGGUAACUUAACAGUUUUGCAAAAAUUUGUUGCCUUUAACGACCAGUUUAAUACUGAUGAUACUCAUACCUUGAGGAGUAUGAAACGUAAAAUGGAAUAAAAUAUUUGAGACUAGGCUAAAAAUAA